GCUCCGGUGGCGAGUCCCGAGGGCACGAGCACGGUCAGCGUUCCGGGAGCAGCGAGGGGAGGAGGCGGCCCUGAACUCCCCGGCUCCCGAGAGGGGCAAGGCCGUGCGGCUCUCCGGGCGUGGGUCCGCCGGCAGCCGGCCGCCACCAGGCGCGCGCGCCAGAGGAUUGGCCGCGCCGGCGCCCGAAGACGUGCCCCUGGCUCGGCCCUGCCAGCCUUGCGCGGCUCUCCUGGUCCUCUGCAGCCGAGCGGCGGUUGGGUUGAUUUCCACAAAUGCAGAACAAAAAGGAUUUGUAAAUCAGAAUCUCAGUCCAGCAAAAGGUAAUCUUUCAUUUGUUGCAUUUCCAGUUUCCAGCACCAACUCACCAACAAAGAUUUUACCAAAAACUCUAGGACCAAUAAAUGUGAAUGUUGGACCCCAAAUGAUUAUAAGCACACCACAGAGACUAGCCAGUUCAGGAAGUGUUCUGAUUGGGCAUCCAUACACCCCUGCCCCAGCCAUGGUCACUCAGACACACAUCACUGAAGCUACUGGCUGGGUCCCCAGUGAUAGGAAACGGGCUAGAGAAUUUAUCGACUCUGAUUUUUCAGAAAGUAAACGGAGCAAAAAAGGAGAUAAAAAUGGAAAAGGCUUGAGACAUUUUUCUAUGAAAGUAUGCGAGAAAGUUCAGCGGAAAGGUACCACGUCAUACAAUGAGGUAGCUGACGAACUGGUGUCAGAGUUCACCAACUCAGAUAACCAUUGGGCAGCUGAUUCGCAGGCUUAUGAUCAGAAAAACAUCAGGCGAAGAGUGUACGAUGCUUUAAAUGUAUUAAUGGCAAUGAACAUCAUUUCAAAAGAAAAAAAAGAGAUCAAGUGGCUUGGCCUGCCCACCAACUCUGCCCAGGAGUGCCAGAACCUGGAGAUAGAGAAGCAGAGACGGAUAGAACGCAUCAAGCAGAAGCGGGCCCAGCUGCAAGAGCUGCUCCUCCAGCAAAUCGCUUUCAAAAACCUGGUGCAAAGAAAUCGGCGCAAUGAACAACAGAACCAGGGCCCUCCGGCUCAGAAUUCCACCAUUCAGCUGCCAUUCAUAAUCAUCAACACAAGCCGGAAGACCGUCAUAGACUGCAGCAUCUCCAGUGACAAGUUUGAAUACCUCUUUAAUUUUGACAACGCCUUUGAGAUUCACGAUGACAUAGAAGUGCUGAAGCGCAUGGGCCUGUCCUUUGGCCUGGAGUCCGGCAAAUGCUCCCUGGAGGACCUGAAACUUGCGAAAUCUCUGGUGCCAAAGGCUCUAGAAGGCUAUGUCACAGACAUCUCCACAGGCCCUUCUUGGGUAAAUCGAGGACUGCUGCUGAACUCCACCCAGUCUGUGUCCACUUUAGACCUGACCCCUGGGGCCACCUUACCACAGUCAAGUGUGAGCCAGGUCUUGUGCUUGGACGCCGAAGUGGCCUUGGCAACUGGGCAGCUGCUCGGCCCCCACAGUCACCAGUCCAGCAGCGCUGCCUCCCACUGCUCCGAGUCCCGAGGGGAGACCCCCUGCUCAUUCAAUGAUGAUGAUGAUGAAGACGACGAGGAAGACUCCUCCUCGCCCGAAUAAAGGCAGAAGAGCCUGAGCUUUCACCUGCGACGCUCCUGUGUGUGUUUUUAGUGCGAACUCUUAUUUUUGAGAUGACUGCUGCAGCCUUUGGCUUGGCACCGUGUGUGCGGCUACAGCUCAAGAAACACAAUAAGCGAAUCACACCGAGGCCAGGAUGAUGGAACAGCGUUGACUGGCAGCUAGAUCUGCAACCCACAGCCCAAAGCGGUGGCUGCCUGCGCAGGCAGGGCACCGGUGCAGGGGCAGACCCUGCAGAACUGGCUGGUGUAGUGAGCACCUCACUUCCGGGAGGGACUUUUUUUAUGCCCCCUCUCCGACCCCUGGCCUUGGGAAUCAUUCUCCAAGCUGAGCUUGCUCCUGGGAGCCAUUGCUGCCACCUCUUUUGUUUUUUUCGCUUCUUUCUCCAUGGCCCACCCACGGCAGGAGGGCUGGGGGUGUUUCCGGCUGGGGUGCAGACAACAGUCCCCCGUGGCCUCAGGCACACAGGUUUGACUACUGGGCUGGGGAGAAUCUUGUUGAGGUGCUUCGUGCCUCUGCAGCCUUAGAACAGCUUCUAGAACAGAGUGUGUGCUGCUACUUCAGUGCUUAAGUGACAUUUAGCAUAAUUUAUAGUGGAAGCAGUUGACCAUGAUUAGCCAAUGCGUUGGUGCGUAGAGUUGAACUAGGGCUACUUCUGCAGCCAAAAUAGGACUAGCGUCUCCACGUGUGUUACGUACUGCCAGACGGCCUUCCGCCAGCGUUCUGAAGCCAGAGUUUGCCGCGGCGAGAAGCCCUCUCUGUGGUUUUCAGUCAGAGCUCUUCCGCUCCUACAAAUGCUUCGUUUAAGACAAAACUAAAGAAACACGUCCGUGAGCGGAUCGCUUGCCUGUAGUCCCCUGCAGUAACUGUGAGGUUUCAGCCAGUGUGCAGUUUGUGAGAAUGAACCAAAUGUCAUUACCUUUGUCUUAAAGUCAAUUUCCAGAAUA